AGGCAUUGUAGUUCACCCGUGCAGCGCCCACGGCUUGUCAACGCUAAAGAGACCACAACUACCAGCCUCCCCCGAGGCUGCCAGAGUUGGGUGAGAUCGGGGCGAGGAGCAGCUGCGUUACCAGGACGGGUGCAAGAGAAAGGGUCUCAUGCGGUUAGAAAGAUGGGGGCCAUGUUUUCGCUGAAGCUGCCGACCGCAAAAGGGCCGUUCCACGUGGGCUGCACGGACUUCAUGAUUGACCACACGAGGGAGGGAAGCUUCUGUCGUCUUUAUUACCCGUGUGAGGCUGUGGAGCAGUCGAGGCCGCCGCUGUGGAUUCCACGGUACGAGUAUUGCGCUGGCCUUGUCAACUAUCUCAAUCGGAGCAGGUGGAGCAUCCCUCUCCUCAACCUGGCGUUCGGUUACCAAACAGUCCCAGUCGCGUGGAAUGCUCCUUUCAGAGCUGAGGAGAAAUACCCACUGAUUGUAUUUUCCCAUGGCCUUGGGGCAUUCAGGUCCGUGUACUCCGCCAUUUGCUUAGAAAUAGCGUCCCAUGGAUUUGUCGUUGCUGCCGUGGAGCACAGAGACGAGUCCGCUGCCAGCACCUAUUAUUACCGGACAGCCGCUGGGGACGUGGAGCAGCUGCCCGAGGAAACUUGCGAAGACGGAACGCCCUCUGCUGUGCCCAUUUCACCCCAGGUUGCUCAGCCUGGUCUGAAGGAAGUGUGGCUCCCAGUCGUAAAGCUGAAGACGGGCGAGGAGGAAUUCCCCCUCCGGAACGACCAGCUGCGACAGCGAGUGCAGGAAUGUAGCCAGGUCUUGAACCUUCUUACCGAUAUCAACCAGGGGAAGUCCGUCAACAACGCCUUUGUCGGUAACUUGUGCCCCUCCGUUCUGAAGGACUGUAUAGAUCUACAGAGGGUUGCAAUGAUGGGCCAUUCCUUUGGAGGUUCCACUUCAGUCCAAGUUGUUGCCGAGGAUCCACGUUUCCGGUGUGCAGUGGCUCUGGAUAGCUGGAUGUUGCCACUGUCGGAAGAGAUGUAUUCCAAGGAUCCCGGUACUGUGUUUUUCAUUAACUCUGAAAAGUUCCAGACGGAAGAAACCAUUAGCAAGAUGAAGCGGCUGCAGUCCUGGAACAACAAGAUCAAGAUUAUCACCAUAUUGGGGUCAGUACAUCAGAGCAUGACGGACUUCACGUUGCUGACUGGAAAUUUGCUCAGCUUGGCAUUUGAGACCAAGGGAACCAUCGAUCCUCAGGAGGGUCUUGAAAUCAUCCAGAAAGCAACAUUGGCCUUCCUGCAAAGACACCUAGAUCUACCAAAGGAUUUUAAUCAAUGGGACGCUCUUGUGGAAGGAGAAGGUGACCAUAUCGUUUCCGGGUCUCCCCCUUUGACUUAAAGGCGUGGGGCCUUUAACAGAGCAUGCAACUGGUUCCUUCGUGUGAAGUCUGAAUGGAGGCUGACUGCAUGAGUGUGAUUAGGUUGCAUGCAGAGCGCUGCACUUUUUUUCCUCUGCCUAUUCCCGUCCUUACCAGCAGGGUCCUUUUCAACUGCUUACUGAUUGACUGAAGAGCUCCUCAAAUUGCGAUGUGGGUUCUGACUCCAGCCAUAUAGUGUCUGAAGAGACCUGCGCUUUACUGCACAUCUGCUCCAAAAAUACUGCAAGCAGCCACAUCGACCUCGCAAAAAACCUAAUCUCUGUCAAUGUGAACAAUUCUUUUCCAAUUAAUACAUGCAGACAUUCAUCUCCAUCUUGUCUGCUACAUGGUGGGAUGCAAGCAUGACCUUCGCCAACAAUGGUUCAAUGGCACUUUAUCAUCAUAUGUACCAAGAUACAAUGGAAUUCCUUGUUUAUCAUCAUUUCAGUAAAGUCAUACUAUACAUGAGUGCAGUCAUGAAUAACGACUACAGCACCAUGAAUAUUAAUGCAAGAAUAUUAUGUAUAUUAGACUUCACUGAGGAAGUACAUAGGAAUCGCCAAAUUUCUGAUGCCACUUAUUCCCUUCAAGUUUCAAGUUCUAAAUCACAAUUAAAACACAAAAAUACUUGUACUGUAACACCAGGAUAAGCGCUCAACCCAGAAAACCAAGUCCAAAGCCAAAGUACUAUCUACGACGUCUUCAAGAGAGAGUUAGAAACAGCUCUUGGGGCUAACAGAAUCAAGGGAUAUGGGGAGAAAGCAGGAACAGGGUGCUGAUUCUGGAUGAUCAGCCACGAUCAUAUUGAAUGGUAGUGCCGGCUCAAAGGGCCGAAUGGCCUGCCACGGCACCUAUUUUAUUCAUGUUUCUAACUUAUUAUACAAAGUUACUCUAAGGACAAUAACUGACUCCAUACACAAUAAUCAGCUACCUAUAUGUUAACAAGCACUUUUUUUUAAACUGAUCGUGUAGUUGCAAGUAUAUCUUUAGGGUCAUAAGGUGGGCACCUCCCUUCACUGGGGUUUCAUUGCAUUAACAGUAUAGUGUCUGACUUUGGCCUUAAAGACCAGGGGUUCCUAACCUUUUUUGCCCUGUUUACCCCUGGCAACCUUAAUAGCACAUAACAAUGUUAUUUCACUUAUUUAUGAACAACUAAUGAUGAACAGAUACCAGAACCAAACACAGUCAGUCAAUGAGAGAAAAUAUGUAUAAAUCCAGAAUCAACAAAUUUACCCCCUGGGUAGGUGAAAUGUACUCCCUGGGGGUAAAUGUACCCCAGACUGGGAACCCUUGACCUAGAUAGACACUUGGAAGCAUAGGCUGGGAACCCUUGACCUAGAUAGACACUUGGAAGCAUUGGGAGGUACCACUGUUGCACCAAAACCUUCCAGAUCCACUGGCAGGAUAAACAAACCAGCGACUGCCACGUCUCCCAGAGCAGAUUGAUCCACUGGCAAGACUUCUAUGGAUGAGGAAUUUGUAGAUCCAAAAGGAUUGCUUCUUAACCCAAUGUGUAAUAGAACAUACCUGAAAUAGAUUACUUUAGAAUUGAUCAUGUUAAUGAGGGAGGAUUAACAAAAGAUCGUGUAGCUAGGUAAACUCUGGAAGUAAUGAUUGCUAUCAAUGUACAAGAGGUGAACAGCCCAGUCUGAAACCAAUAUUCUGGCCUUAAGUAUGGGUAAUUGUAUACGUCUGAAGGAAGAGUUUUUCUGAAGUUGAUGGGUGCUUUAGAUGCUCAAAGGGGUCUGGGUGUGCAUGUACAAAAUUCAUUCAAUGUGAAAAUGCAGGGGAACAAAUGAUUUGGAAGGCAAAUAGUGAGUUAGCUAUUAUAAUAAGAUUGGACCAUCGCCCAUGGACGCCUAAUUACUAUUGGUUCAGCCCUUGUUGAGGGUACACCUGGAGUGUUGUACACAAUAUUGAUUUUCUUACCUAAGAGAGGAUGCACUUGCCAUAGAGAGAGUGCAGUGAAGGUUCACUUAGAGUGGUACAUCUAUGAAACAGGCACUUUGGCCCACUGUCAGAAGUUCAUAGGAGACAUUUGACCCGAGGUCAUAGCCCCAUCGAGACCACUCUGCCAUUCAAUCAUGGCUGAUCUGGCUGCACCAACCAUCGAUUGCCUGACCGUUUGUUGGAUUGGUUCCAGAUAUGGUGGCUUUUACUAUUUGAAGAGAGAGAGAGAGAGAGAGCGCACUUUUGAAGAAGGAGAGAAAAUGGGCUUUUUCGGAUUCGGAAGCAUGAGAGGUGAUCUGAUCGAAAGUGUCAAAAUUCACAACAGGGCUGGAUGGCGGGAGGAUGUUUUCUCUGGCUGAGAGAUCUAGAACCAAGAGUCACAGUUUCAGAAGAAGGGUUUCGACCCGAAACGUUGCCUAUUUCCUUCGCUCCAUAGAUGCUGCCUCACCCGCUGCGUUUCUCCAGCAUUUUUAUCCACCGUCACAGUUUCAGAGUAAGGACAGAGACAAGGAGAUAUUUCUCUGUUGAGAAAGACGAAUCCUUGGAAUUCUCCACACUAGAGACCUGUGGAAACUUGUGUGUUCAACACAGCAAUAGAUUGCAGGAUACAGGAACCUUUAAUGUAUGUCCUCGAUGGAAAGUGCAUCCUUUCUUCAAUAUUAAGAGAAUUAAGGGAUAUGAUGAUAGUGGAGGAAAAUGGCGCAAAGGUGGAACAGCCAUGAUGGUGGUGUGGGCUCCAAGGGCCACAUGGUCUACUCCAGCUCCUAGUUCAUAUGUCCCAAUGCAGUGGGAGCAAGGUUCUCCCAUUUCACUAACUGGGACAGGAUUGUGAAGUAUGACGUCCUAUAUAUAAUUGUAAAUCCUUCUUACAAUUUAAUUAAAUGUGAAUUCAAACAAGAAA